AUGUGGUCAGGCUCAGUUCGCAUCCGUGUGAGCACCGGCCUUCGGUAUGUGAAGCCUGAAAAUGUGGUGUCGCUGAAGCUUGCUCUUUAUGCCUCUCGGAUCACUGCGGCGAAACGAAUCUCCUGGGAGUCCUGGGAGGUGGUCAUGGUGGUGGCGCCAGGUGCUGGAACUGGCCUCAAUGGCGAGGUCUACAAAGAGCUAGGUGAAGACGUGCAAACCAGGGUGGAGAUGUGUGGUUCGCGCGGUGCGAACUACGAUCGAUACCCCGAGUGUUGGCAGAAUGGCAAACCGGCCCCGAAUUUGGAAACCUUCGCGAAGGAGCUUCUGGGCAAACCCUUGGGCGAUGUUUUGGUGCUGGGCUCGAGAGGAGGACAGGUGGUGCUGCCGCGUUUUUGGCGGAAAUUGGGCGAUCAAGUCCCACCUGCGGUUGUGAUCAACGGAGGCUGCGCUAUGAAUUUGCCUGGCCCAAAGAUUGCAUGGCCACAGCAAGCGGUCACAAUGAUGCUGAUGGGUGCCGAGGACUUCUUUAAAGGUAAGAAAUCCUCUGCGGAGUACCUCACAGCGUCCAAGAGUUAUGUGCCUCCCAACAGCCGCACUGCCAUUCUGUAUGUUCGACAGAUGCAGCAUAUGCCUCAGAAGGCGUUGCUACAGCUAGUGCUAAGACCACUAGUGAUGGCUGCUGCAAGGUGGAAAUAUUCCAAGACAUGUCCUGAGGAGCAGUUGCACCAGUUGACUGUUCAGCUCGAGGAUGAGAGUUGGAGCGGAUCGCUCUUCAUCCUCCAGGGCAGUGUUUGGAAGGAGUCCACCUUUGGACCCUUAGACGAAUCACCCAAAAAGAAGAGCAAAACGGCAGAGGCUGAAGCCGAGGAGGAAAGCCCCUUGGACACCGUGCAAGUGACCAGGUUCGACGCGAGGUUGAUGCUCCUGUGCUUCGACAGCUGUGAAUGA